AUGACAGCGGCUGCUGAGCGGCUGGGCAUAUUGUGCGCCAGGAUUGGCCUCUGCAGCAGAAACGAGGCUGCCAAAUAUGCGAGACUCGGGCAAAUCUUGGUGGAUGGUCAGCCAGCGAAGAGUGCGGCUGCCCUCGUGUCCAGCACUGCGACCAUUGAGCUGACCCCUCGGGCACAGCGCAUGCAGGACGACAAAGUGACCAUCCUGCUGCACAAGCCGGCCCACUAUGCCUCCUGCAGGGCAGGGAAGGGCGUCCCGUUGGCCCGAAAGCUCCUGGUGCCUGAAAACCGGGCGCCAAGCUGUCGAACUCGACAUGACCCGCGCCAGCUAAGCAAGCUGGAUGCGGCGGAUGUUCUGGACGAGGCUACGAGCGGAGCCCUCUUGUUCUCGCAGGACGGCCGGGUUUCGACGACUGUCGCGCGAGAUCCCCUGGUUGAGAAGGAAUAUGACAUCGUGACAACGGGUGAGGUCACGUCUGGCCAACUAUCAGCUCUUCAGCUAAACCUCAGCACUUUCUGCGAGCAGGAGGCUCAUGUCCGGGUGGUGCCUGGCUACAUUCCCCGCGCAGAAAAAGCUCGGAUGCUGAAGGAGGACCCUGCAGCUGUCGUUGAGGAGGCGAAGCCCAGCACGUCCUCGCGCCUUCAAGUGGUCUUCAGUGGGACCUUGACUUCAUCUGCUCUACGGCAGAUGUGUGCACAGGCCGGGCUCCUUCUCUUCCGAGUCUCGAGUUCCAGUGACAUGGCGACCAUUGAGUACGAUGACGGCGGUAUCAACAGGACUUCAAAGGCAUUGACACAGCCGAAGUCGCAGGGGGCCUCCCAAGCGAUGCUGCAUGCUGUUGGCAUGAAGAAGGAAGAUCUCAACAAAGCGCAGGUUGGAAUUUGCUCUGUGUGGUAUCAGGGCAACCCAUGCAACAUGCACCUUCUUUCUUUGGGGGAUGAUGUCAAGAAGGAAGUGGACAAGGAUCCCAAGAUGUACGGCUUCCAAUUCAACACGAUUGGAGUUUCGGACGGUAUGUCCAUGGGUACCAAAGGCAUGAUGUACUCCUUGCCGUCCCGCGAGAUCAUCGCCGACAGCAUCGAAUCAGUCAUGGGAGCUCAAUUUUAUGACGCCCUUGUGACAAUUCCUGGAUGCGACAAGAACAUGCCAGGCUGCGUCAUGGCCAUGAUCCGGAUGAACCGGCCCUCUUUGAUGCUCUAUGGCGGAACCAUUGCAUCUGGGCGCUCCUGCAAGGGCGAAGACCUUGACAUCGUGUCCACCUUCGAGGCGUAUGGUAAGUUCAUUGCUGGGACCAUCUCUGACGAGGACCGAGCAGACAUCGUGCGGAAUGCCUGUCCCGGGCCUGGGGCAUGUGGUGGCAUGUACACUGCCAACACCAUGGCGACGGCCACCGAGGCCCUGGGGCUUUCGCUUCCUUACUCGAGCUCCUCGCCAGCCACGUCACCUGAGAAGCGAGCAGAGUGCGAACGGGUGGCGAAAUGCGUCAAGGCCAUGCUGGAAAGAAAUCUGAAGCCCUUGGACAUCGUCACAAAGAAGUCUUUUGAGAACGCCAUCGUGCUCGUCAACGCGUUAGGCGGAUCGACGAACGCAGUGCUUCACCUGCUUGCGAUUGCAGCAACUGCUGGUAUCGAGCUCAGCAUAGAUGAUUUCCAACGGAUUAGCGACAAGACCUCGCUGGUUGCCGAUUUGAAGCCCAGCGGAAAAUACCGGAUGGAGGACGUGCACCGCAUCGGUGGCAUACCCGCUGUCAUGAAGUAUUUGCUCAAGCUUGGCUGGCUGCACGGAGACUGCCUCACAUGCACUGGGCAGACGUUGGCCCAGAAUCUGGCCAGUGUUCCGGAUCUGGAUUUUGGUGCGCAGAGCGUGAUGCUACCAUUGGAGAAGUGCAUUCAGAAGACAGGCAACAUCAAGAUUUUGCGAGGCAAUCUUUGCGUAGAUGGUGCUGUCGCCAAGAUCACGGGUAAGGAGGGCACUUCCUUCACAGGCAAGGCGAACGUCUUCGACAGCGAGGAACUGAUGCUGAAGGGCCUGGAACAAGGCAAGAUCAACAAGGGAGAUUUCAUCGUGAUUCGCUAUGAGGGCCCAAAGGGUGGCCCUGGGAUGAGAGAGAUGCUAACACCAACGAGUGCGCUUAUGGGUGCCGGACUGGGGAAGUACGUGGCGUUGAUGACAGACGGCCGCUUCUCGGGUGGAUCGCAUGGCUUCAUCAUCGGCCACGUGUCUCCAGAGGCCUUCAUCGGUGGAGCGAUUGCGUUGAUUCAGAAUGGUGAUAUGAUUACCGUGGAUGCAACAAAGCUGCAGCUCUUUAUGGAUGUGUCCGACGAGGAGCUCGCAAAACGAAAAGCCGCGUGGAAACCGCCGCCGCCGAAUGUGAAGACAGGAUACCUUGCCAAGUAUGCAAAGCUUGUUGCGUCCGCUAGCCUGGGCUGCGUGACGGAUCGAUAA